AUGAUAAACUCCUUACAGAAAGGUUUGGAAAAAAUCGAUAUUUUUGGAUAAACAAUUACAUUAAAUAUGAAUAAGAAUGCAAACUACACAACUUCAUUUGGUGGAUGCUCCUCCAUUCUCAUUAUCUGUCUACUUAGCAUAAUAUUUUUUUCAAACAUAUCAGAUUUUUUUAGCAGAGCCAAUGUAUUUUAUAAUUCUUAGACUACUUUUUCGAAUGACCCUGAUUUUAUGGAAAUGAACGAUUAGAAUGCUAUGUUUGCUUUAUCAAUUGACCAAAGCAAUUUCACCUCUAACCCCUUCUUUAACAUUUCAGUAGAGCAAAGAUCAUUGGAUGGAUCUCUAGAGAAAUAGACUAUUCAAAUUCCUCUAUAACCUUGCACUUUGGAUAGAUUCAACAAUGUUGGAUAGGAGUAGGGGUUGGACGUUGAUUUUAAUGAUGAGUUUAAUUAUUUGUCAAUGAAUAAAUGGUUAUGCCCAGCUCCGAAUUAUACUUUGCAGUUGGAAGGCACAUAUUCAAGUGAAGUAUUCAAAUUCAUCAAGAUUGUUGUAACUGGGUGUAAAAAUAAUACAAAUUCAUCGUUUUGGAAUCCGCAAUGCGCAAAUGAUGAACAGAAGAACAACUAUUUAAAAAGCGAAGGCUAGUUUAAAUUACAGGUGUUUCAAAUAAAUUCUAUGGUUAAUCCCUAACAAGCAAAAAACUAUAAGACUAUGUAUUUAGAUAGUGAUAUGUACUUUUCUUUUGUACCUUACAAAUUGGCCAGACUAGCAAAUGUCUAUUUCAGAUAGUAUGUAGUCAACAAUGAUCAAAGUUUAUUGCCUUAUGAAGACAUUGAAACUGAGAAUUUGAUAAUAAGAAAGGCAGAAGAUUUCAGAGAUCUAACCGAACUCGGGAGAGACACUGACACUAAUUUUGCAACUCUGUAUUUAAGAAGAAGUCCAUUUACAGAAAUAAUCAACAGGAAUUAUCAAAAAGUCGGGGAUCUCUUAUCAUAUCUUGGAGGAUUCAUGUAGAUAUUUAAAGUUGUCUUUGGUUUCUUCAUUGCCUUUUACAAUAGAACAUCUAUGCUUAUUGAACUAUCAAAUAAACUUUAUGAUUUUAAAGAAGUGACAAAUAGAUCAUUUCUGAGAAAAGUUGCACUUACUUAGAAGACUGAAUAAAGAGGGUCUAUUCCUGAAGAAUUAACUAAUAAACUUUAAAACUUACAGAAUUCUGAGUUAAAUAAGGGAGAUUGGAAAUAAUUCAUUAAUAAAUUAAUGGAACGGACAUCUCCAAUAAGGUUAAAUGUAAAAAUAUUGAUUCAUCAAAUGAGUUGUGGUUAUUUUUUGAAUAAUAACAAUUCUGAAUUCUUCACUAAAGCUAUGUUAAAAAUCAAUAGCGAAUUAGAUUUGCACAAUAUUCUCCAUUAGUUAUAAGAGAUAACAAAACUAAAGAAUGUUCUAUUAUAAAAACCUCAAAUUAUUUUAUUCAAUUUCACUCCAAAACCAAUCAUUGCUUUGGGAUAGGACCACAAUGUCCCUACAAGAUUAGAAGUGGCUGAAGAUAUGAAUAAAUAAUCUGAAAUCAAGACUAAUAAUCUUGAUUAACUCAACGAAGAACUUUUUACAUCUCUAUAAGAAGCCUAUAAGACAGUGAGUGAAGAAAUGGAAGAUAGUCCUUAUGUAAAUCCUUGCUAAAAAAACAUAAAUUUCAAAUUAACCAAAUAAAUAGAUUCAGAAUUAGGAAAACUUCUUAAAAACUCAAAAGGUAGUUUUUAUAAAGUACAUGAAACCAACAACAUCAACGAAAAUUAAGAGGAAGAUUCAUGAAUUCUAAAUGAAUAUUUAGUCAUCUACUUUGAUAAUUAUCC